AUCCCAUCAGGAACUGCGCUGAAUUCUCAUCCAUCGCAAUGAGCAACAAAUUUCUGGGCACCUGGAAACUUGUCUCCAGUGAGCAUUUUGAUGACUACAUGAAAGCUCUGGGUGUGGGGUUAGCCAACAGAAAACUGGGAAAUUUGGCCAAGCCCACUGUGGUCAUCAGCAAGAAGGGGGAUUAUAUGACGAUAAGAACAGAAAGCGCCUUUAAAAACACAGAGAUCUCCUUCAAGCUGGGCCAGGAGUUUGAAGAAACCACAGCUGACAACAGAAAAACCAAGAGCAUCGUGACGCUGGAGAGGGGAGCCCUGCAACAAGUGCAGAGAUGGAACAGUAAAGAGACAACCAUAAAGAGGAAGCUGCUGGACGGGAAAAUGGUCGUGGAAUGCAUGAUGAAGGGCGUGGUCUGCACCAGAAUUUAUGAGAAGGUCUGAGAAAAUCGCUGCAUCAUUCAACUGGUGCUUCCCCACCUAAGACUGGGAAUCAUUCAGUGAGACCCGAGGACCCUGCAGCUGACUUGUCUGGUUUUGCAUUUGUCCUGAUAUGUUCUAUAGGUAAAUGUUUCAGUUGAGAAUUAACCUAACUUUGUUAAUUUAGACAUUUUCCAUUUCAUCCGUGUCUUACUAUGUUAAUCCUUCUGUAUUGACCAGGCACAAAUAGUCCAUGAAAAUCACUGCCUGCUAAGUGACAGCCUAGGCUGCGCUCAUACUGUUUGAAAAGAAGUAAUCAAUACUAAAGCAAAGUAAGAAUAUUGAUCUGGGCAGUGAUAAAUGUCUCCAGGGGCCUGGAAAUGUAUGAGGCAGGGGAACCACAAAGAAAACAAAACAAGGGGAUGAGCUGUUUUAAACUGGGGGGCUCUACUUUCAGCCAAUAGGAGCCACCUCCAUUCCAUUUCGGCCAAAGUUUCACAAUG